GGCUCCCCGGGCCACCUUCUUAGCUUCUCAAAGUAGAGUCGCCAAGCCUUAGCAACUCCACUUUCCUCCAGGGCUUCAAAGUCUCUCUCCAGUCCAUCUCCCUAGCCUCCAAGCAGGAGCCCCAGUCCGGCUACAGGUAGCUGGGGACGAGACCAAGCUGUGCCAGGGGAACUAGGCGCGGUGAGAUCGCAGCCAACGCCAAGCGGUCCCAGAACAAAAGGCUCAUGGCUGGUAUUAGCCUGCUUCGCUCAGGAGCGCAGUGGAGUCCACGGUUCGGGACUCAGGCGAGAGAACCACGCUGGGGAGCAGAGAGUGGAGUACCAAAAAUGAAGUGACAAAAGAGAAAGAGCAGGCACCCGGGGUGGGAGCGGUGAAAGGAGGUCAACCCCCCCAGGCCGAGGUCUGCGGUGGGGCCGCGGCAGGCAGGCCCUUUCCUCCGCCUCCUGCGGAGCCUUCCAGGCAGCCAAGCGUGUCUCCGGCUGCAACUCCAUCGAGCACGCCGCGGCCGCGCCAUGGCCGUGCCUGCAGCAGCCCCACCAGUGUGCCAGCCCAAGAGUGCCACUAACGGGCACCAUCCUGUUCCUCGACUCUCCAUUUCCUCCAGAGCCACGGUGGUAGCCAGGAUGGAAGGCGCCUCCCAGGGAGGCCUGCAAACAGUUAUGAAAUGGAAAACAGUGGUUGCCAUCUUUGUGGUGGUCGUGGUCUACCUCGUCACCGGUGGCCUUGUCUUCCGGGCAUUGGAACAGCCCUUUGAGAGCAGUCAGAAGAACACAAUCGCCUUGGAGAAGGCAGAAUUCUUGAGAGAUCAUAUCUGUGUGAGCCCCCAGGAACUGGAGACACUGAUCCAGCACGCACUUGAUGCUGAUAAUGCAGGGGUCAGCCCGGUAGGAAACUCCUCCAACAGCAGCAGUCACUGGGACCUCGGAAGUGCCUUCUUCUUUGCUGGGACGGUCAUCACGACCAUAGGGUAUGGGAAUAUUGCUCCGAGUACUGAAGGAGGCAAAAUCUUUUGUAUUUUAUACGCCAUCUUUGGGAUCCCGCUCUUCGGUUUCUUAUUGGCUGGAAUUGGAGACCAACUUGGAACCAUCUUUGGCAAAAGCAUUGCAAGAGUGGAAAAGGUUUUCCGAAAAAAGCAAGUGAGUCAGACCAAGAUCCGGGUCAUCUCAACUAUUCUUUUCAUCUUGGCUGGCUGCAUCGUGUUUGUGACGAUCCCUGCUGUCAUCUUUAAAUACAUAGAGGGCUGGACCGCGUUGGAGUCCAUCUACUUUGUGGUAGUCACUCUGACCACAGUGGGCUUUGGUGAUUUUGUGGCAGGGGGAAAUGCUGGCAUCAAUUACCGAGAAUGGUACAAGCCGCUGGUGUGGUUUUGGAUCCUUGUUGGCCUUGCCUACUUUGCAGCUGUCCUCAGUAUGAUUGGAGACUGGCUGCGAGUUUUAUCCAAAAAGACAAAAGAAGAGGUGGGUGAGAUCAAAGCCCAUGCAGCUGAAUGGAAGGCUAAUGUCACUGCUGAGUUCCGGGAGACGAGACGACGGCUCAGCGUUGAGAUCCAUGACAAGCUGCAACGGGCAGCCACCAUCCGAAGUAUGGAGCGCCGGAGACUGGGAUUGGACCAGAGGGCCCACUCACUGGACAUGCUUUCCCCCGAGAAGCGCUCUGUCUUUGCAGCCCUGGACACAGGCCGUUUCAAGGCCUCAUCCCAGGAGAGUAUCAACAACAGACCCAAUAACCUACGCCUUAAGGGGCCAGAACAGCUCAACAAACACGGGCAGGGCGCUUCUGAGGACAACAUCAUCAACAAGUUUGGGUCCACCUCCAAACUCACAAAGAGGAAAAACAAAGAUCUCAAAAAGACCUUACCCGAGGAUGUUCAGAAAAUCUACAAAACCUUCCGGAAUUACUCUCUGGAUGAAGAGAAGAAAGAGGAUGAGACAGAAAAGAUGUGUAACUCAGACAACUCCAGCACAGCCAUGCUGACAGAGUGCAUACAGCAGCAAGCUGAGAUGGAGAAUGGAAUGGUACCCAUGGACACCAAAGACCAGGGGCUGGAGAACAAUUCUUUACUUGAAGACAGAAACUAAAUGUUAAAGACACUGGAGCUGGACUAUGUGUUGUCUUGUUUUUGUUUGUUCUUGUUUUGUUUUGUUUUCUGUCUUGUUUUUGUUUUAAUAUUCACACUGAGACACGUGCCUUAAAUAGACUUGUUAGUCCAAAAUUACAUAGCAUUGAAGAAUAUAUUUCACUGUGCCAUACACAACUGAAAGCUUGCUCUGCCAAAAUGAGUCAAACAAGACCUUUGUUUCAAAUAGUGGUGGCAGGACCCAUGGGAGCAUUUGCACAGGUAGCAGGUGUCGGCUAUCCCUGUGAGGGGAGUUCCAAUGGCAGUGCUAUAGUCUCCUCACACAGUGCCACCCUGGCAUGGUACACAGGCAAGGCAGCUUUCCCUCAGACCAGCCUCUGAGAGGACAGGUUUGACUUUUGAAUUGAGUCUCCUUUCCCAAACCAACCCUUAGCGAUAGGUUGUGCACAGAAGGGGUGGCUGUUUGCAAGGGACCAGGUGACUCUAGCAAGGGUUUGAGUGGACAUUUUGACAGGCCACAGUGCAGAACACCUACUCCGAAAUGAAUGUCCUUGGGACCCAAGAGUACCUGGGAAACUGUUCAGAGCACACACGUUUUAUAAGGUGCAAUUGCUUUUCUCAUUAAAAAAAAAAAUCACAGACACAUCCCACUGUGGAUAUCUCCUUAACCAAUGACAGACGUCCACUGAACUUUAUCCUCACGGGAUACGUAAUGCAGGCGGGCUCGCAAGCUUUGGUGAACACACCGCCUCAGCCUCUGCCUCGUUUGGAAGGCAGAUCAUGCAUUUUCUUCAGUGGGUGUGAAGGUAAAAAAAUAAACUGAUUUUGGAACAUUCAUACUCACUUUUCUAUGGGAACUUUAAUUAUAACUCAUUUUGAUAGGAGGGCGGAAAUACCAAAAUUAUUGCCUUUGCAUGAUACCAGUGGCUUGCUGUUCUGUCUAGCUGAUCCUAAUUUUUUUUUUAAAUAAAGAUAAAAGUAGACAUCUUGCAUUUGUGAGACACACCGAGGAGGACCAUGGCAUCUUUCCAUCUCAGGGCUUCCUGUCCUUUUGGGUGUCUUAGAGUAGACUUAGCUAUGGGACUCAAUCUUGCUAUUUCCGAACAAAAGGAAAAGGAAUCGCUCACCAAACCCUUGGAAGAUUGAAAUGGUUUAAGCUCUUUGCAGCUUAAGUGCCAUUAAUGCAUUUAAAACCGUACUGAAGAGGAGGGUUUAAAAGAUUUCAUCUUGUUCUUGUGUUUUCUGAUGCCUUUAUCAAUUUCAUUGUAUGACUAUGUUUCAUUAUGUCUCUACUACGGGAACACACCCUUCCCUACCUAUUCACCCCACACCUGUCAAUCACCAGAAUGCUAACUCCCUCACCAUUUCUAGGCAGGCAAUGGUCAAUAUGAGACCAGAAAGGAGAAAUUCAUAGUAGGCCUUAUCUCUGCCUUGGAUGCAUCAGCUUUAAUCAGAUUUGGCUGCAUGCUGGUUCAGCAAGGGCCCCCUGCACUUAAACAUUUGAAUCCUGUAACAUGAGGAAACUGCUGGUUAUGGGUCUUCAAGACUCAGUACCACCUUUGGGGAUUUUCAUGGAAUUUUCCUAUAACUAAUUAACAGAGCAUAUUUAACAAGAGAUCACACACAGCACAAGUGGAGACUUCCAGAAACCGUCUACCUUUUUCUAACCGAGGGUAAAUUAUGUCCACUGCCUCUUUGACUGCUGGUACUAUGGAAGAUUCAUGUUCCCUGCCCAUUUCCCUGAAGUGUACUGUUUCCAGCUGUCCCCUUCUUGGAGCACCGAAGCCUGUUUUCCAACUCAGUGAAACCUUCAGGAUCUUGUUAAUUAUUUGAGAAGUCAAAUAGGAAUCACUAUGGUGAGCCCUUUUCUGUUCAGGGUUUGUCUGGGAUCCCUCCUUCAUCAGAUCACAUAGUGCUGGAGACUCGGACAUUAUGACGUGGAUGCUGGGUUUCUAUCUUGGGAAGGGCCCAGCCUGGCUCACUGUGUUUUAAGGAACAGGGAGAAAAGUGGGACUUCUCUAUUCUGACGAGUUUCCUGAUGAAACUGCACAUGGAUCUCACCCAUUUUCCGUUGUAUGGUACCUUGGCACAUCUUCAUUGUUGUGUUAAAACUGCAGGCACUAGAUCUGUGUCUGGGAAAGAAGCAUCCCUGCCUUUUUUUCUGUGCCUUUUGUGGACUUGGCACUGAAUUUGGGCAUUUUAAGGCACUCAUUGAAACCUCAGUGGGAAGUAUUUACAAACCCUUUGUAUAGACGAGGGCACAGAGACUCAGGGAAGCUAAGCAACUUACCAGUAGUGCACAGCAAGAAUGUGGUAAGAGUCUGCUCUUAGUUUUGCUUAUGAUGUCCACGACAUGUACCCUUGUGACUGAGAGUGCUUGUGUGUGUGUUUGUGUGUGUGUGUGUGUGUGUGUGUGUGUGUGUGUGUGUGUGUGUGAUUGUAUGUGUGCACAUAUCUUACAAGCUUCAUGAGCACAGUUGACAGAAGUGACGGUCAGAUUUUUUUUUUUUACCCUUAAGAGGGAGCAAAAUUUGGGGAUAAAGCUGUCCUAAAAGCUUGCCCCUGAAGCUAUCUGCCGCAUGCUUCUGGCUUUGUGAUGCUGUAGAAAGCACCUUUUCUGUAUUGCUGGAAAUGCCCCUCCAAAGCACUCCUUUGCACUUUACUCGAUUUCCUUGCCAGAACUCUUCAUACAGCAAGAACUAGACAGCUCAGAAGUCUUAGAUGCAUAAUCAACCAAAUGGAACAGGUACAUGAGUCAGUGUGUGCACGGAUGUAUUCGCGGGAAUUGAACCACAGUAAUACUGAGACUCAAACAUAACCUUGGAUCAAGAGUGUGAAACCCAUUCCCAGAGUUGGAUAAAGGUUCUAAACGAUGUCAAAGAAGAGCCUCAACCCAGAUUGUGUGUGUGGACAAAGUGCUCCAAAUGCUUCAUGAUGGGAGCGAGAGAAGUUUCAUUUCCUGUGUGCAUGCUAACUAAGCCUGAAGGUGUUGCUUGU